ACCGGACAGCGUGAGCGACGGUAGACCGUGAAGUAGCAAGGUCAAUUGAUACACAGCUUCACUAUCACCGCCCAUAUUGAUACUUCGACUAUUAUUCGUUCGCAUUUUUCGAUAUAGAUAAUUAGUCCAUAACGAAAGGACCAAAAAAAAAAAAAAAAGACUACGAUGGCGGCCCCACAAGAGAACACGCCAUCCGAGGCGAUCCCGAAACCACAGACGUCCGAAGAAACCCCAGACCAUGUGAAGCUACGGAUCAACGGCGGCGAGCGCCUCAACAUCCGCAAGAACAACCCGGCCGAGACGGGGUUCGAUCCCGCGACGAGCAAGUGGGUCAACUACUUCAAGGUGCUGACAGGCAGCAUGACCAAGGAGGGCCAGUUCCACUACCGCGAGCACCUUUACCGGACGAACGAGGAGCGCGACCUCAAGAGGUGUGAGGAGCAGCGCGACUGGCUUUUCCGCUACUCGCCCGUCGUGCGCUACAUGCGCGACCAGAUUCGGCUGCUGGGCGGCGAGCUCGACGCGGAUAACGUCGUCUGUCGCAGGUGUCCCUCAAGGCUGACCGAGGACGGGAGGAUACUGGGCCAGGCAGGCGGCUUCAGCCCGCAACACGGCAUCCUGGUCUGUGCCAACUCGAUACGGGAUAGGAAGCACCUGGAGGACACGCUGGCACACGAGAUGGUGCACGCCUACGAUCACCUGAGGUGGCAGGUGGACUUUGUUGGAGAGAAGGAUCUGAGGCACGCUGCAUGCACAGAGAUCCGUGCGUCAAUGUUGAGUGGAGAGUGCAGGUGGACAAGAGAGGCCUUUAGUAGAGGCAACUGGACUGUGACACAACAAUUCCAGAACUGCGUACGCUCACGAGCUAUUAUGUCGGUCAGGGCGCGUGCCAGGUGCAGGGACACAGAGCAUGCCACCAAGGUUGUCAACCAAGUGUGGGACUCUUGUUUCGCAGAUACCAGGCCAUUUGACGAGAUAUACAAAUAAUACGUGAGCGACGCUUUGAGAAUUUUCUUUUACAUCUUCCUGGAACUGACCGCUAAGGCUUUCGUUUAUUUGGAUGCGUCAUACCAACAGAAAAGGGCAUUUAGGCCCGCCAGCGAGUGCUUGGGAAUGCGCCAUGUACGAUUAUAAUCAUGAAAAAGCGGCAGGAUCUGGAAAAUAUCCCUGAUGCUGCCAAAAUACAAAAAUGAUAAAAACCCCAGAA